GCCGGGGGCGGCACCACCCCCUCCCUCGGCGUCCCCACCCCUCCUCUCCCCUUCCCUCCCCCUCCCCCUCCCCUCCCCCGCGGCGAGGCGGCGGCGACGGCGGUCGAGGCUGAGGCGGCGGCGGCGGCGGCGGCGGCAGCAGCGGGCGGGGCUCGGCUCGGGCUCCGCGGGCGGGCGGGCGGACAUGGCGGCCAACAUGUACCGGGUCGGAGAUUAUGUCUACUUUGAGAAUUCCUCCAGCAACCCAUACCUAAUCAGAAGAAUAGAAGAACUUAACAAGACUGCAAGUGGCAAUGUGGAAGCAAAAGUAGUGUGCUUUUAUAGACGACGAGAUAUUUCCAACACACUUAUAAUGCUUGCGGACAAGCAUGCUAAGGAAAUUGAGGAAGAAUCUGAAACAACAGUUGAGGCCGAUUUGACUGAUAAACAGAAGCAUCAGUUGAAACAUAGGGAACUCUUUUUGUCACGUCAGUAUGAAUCUCUACCGGCAACACAUAUCAGGGGAAAAUGCAGUGUUGCCCUACUGAAUGAGACAGAAUCAGUAUUGUCAUAUCUUGAUAAAGAGGAUGCAUUUUUCUACUCAUUGGUCUAUGACCCCUCAGUGAAAACACUGCUAGCUGACAAAGGUGAAAUCAGAGUGGGUCCUAGAUAUCAAGCAGACAUUCCAGAAAUGCUCUUAGAAGGAGACUCAGAUGAAAGAGAACAGUCAAAAUUGGAGGUCAAAGUUUGGGAUCCCAAUAGCCCACUUACAGAUCGACAGAUUGACCAGUUUUUAGUUGUAGCUCGUGCUGUGGGGACGUUUGCCCGAGCCCUUGAUUGCAGCAGUUCUGUGAGGCAGCCUAGCUUGCAUAUGAGCGCAGCUGCAGCUUCCCGAGACAUCACCUUGUUUCAUGCUAUGGAUACAUUGUACAGACACAGUUAUGAUUUGAGCAGUGCAAUUAGUGUCUUAGUACCACUCGGGGGACCAGUUUUAUGCAGAGAUGAAAUGGAAGAAUGGUCAGCUUCUGAAGCCAGCUUAUUUGAAGAAGCACUGGAAAAAUAUGGCAAAGACUUCAAUGACAUACGUCAAGACUUUCUCCCUUGGAAGUCAUUGACUAGCAUCAUUGAGUAUUAUUACAUGUGGAAAACUACUGACAGAUACGUACAGCAGAAACGCCUAAAAGCAGCAGAAGCUGAGAGUAAACUGAAACAAGUAUAUAUCCCAACUUACAGCAAACCAAAUCCCAACCAAAUAUCCACCAGCAAUGGCAAGCCUGGUGCUGUGAAUGGAGCUGUGGGGACCACGUUCCAGCCCCAGAAUCCCCUCUUAGGGCGAGCCUGUGAGAGUUGCUAUGCUACACAGUCUCACCAGUGGUAUUCUUGGGGUCCACCUAAUAUGCAAUGUAGAUUAUGUGCAACUUGUUGGCUAUAUUGGAAAAAAUAUGGAGGCCUGAAAAUGCCCACCCAGUCAGAAGAAGAGAAGUUAUCUCCCAGCCCAACUACAGAGGACUCCCGUGUUAGAAGUCAUCUGUCCCGGCAGGGAAUGCCAGUCCGAAACACUGGGAGUCCAAAGUCUGCAGUGAAGACCCGCCAAGCUUUCUUCCUUCAUACUACAUAUUUCACAAAAUUUGCUCGUCAGGUCUGCAAAAAUACCCUCCGGUUGAGGCAGGCAGCAAGACGGCCAUUUGUUGCUAUAAAUUAUGCUGCCAUUAGGGCAGAAUAUGCAGACAGACAUGCUGAGCUAUCUGGAAGCCCACUGAAAAGCAAAAGCACUAGGAAACCUUUGGCAUGUAUCAUUGGGUAUUUAGAGAUCCAUCCAGCAAAGAAAGCUAAUGUUAUUCGAUCUACACCAAGCCUGCAAACCCCAUCUACCAAGCGGAUGUUAACCACCCCGAAUCACACAUCACUGAGCAUUCUGGGGAAAAGAAAUUACACUCAUCACAAUGGCCUGGAUGAACUCACAUGCUGUGUGUCAGACUGAGUUAUCCCUGUUCCAUUCUACAAUCCAACUCUACUGUCCUGCUGAUGGUCACAGCCAUGCCUGGGAAGGAGGCAGCCCCUUCAGUGGGAGCCCUCUGUGCACCCUGUGGAGACCCGAAGGGGAAGGGAAGAAACUAGGAAUGCACAGUCCAAAUCUGCAUCUCCACAUGUGAACCAGUGGUGCCUCGCUUCCUUCUCAGAGACCUUGCUGUCCCAGAGCAGACCUGCCUGAGAACUGAGAGGAGCAGGGAGCCACUCGCCUCCUUGCUUCUGGUGCCCUACUCCAAGAGCCCCGGCCUGUGGCCUUGGAGGCUACUGAGCUCUCAGACCCCCACUGCCCUGCAUGUGCCAGCCC